ACUUGCUCGUGCUGCCAACUGUGCAAAUUGCUGCUGUAACACACAGUGGAGGCCAGGCUGGAUAGUUCUUGCUGUGCUGGGAACCCAUCAGGGAACUUUGAUGGAAUCACCACAGACUUUUACCUGCCCUUUUUUCCAGAUUUCCCAGGCUUUUGCUUCUUCAAAUGCGAUGACUCAGCAGCUACAGGAUGAAUUUGACAGUAGCGUGGAGAAUGCAGAAGCUUGGAUGAAGGCCAUCCAAGAGAGACUGAGGAUCAAUGACAACACCAAAGGACCUCGAUUUGCCCUAGAAGCCAGACUGAGAGAAACUGAGAAAAUACGUGCACUGGAACCAGAAGGCAGCUUGAAAAUGGACUUGAUUCUUGUGAAGGCAGACGCUGCUCUUCGCAGCAUCAGUGAGGAUAAGAAGCAUGAGGUACUAUCUAAACUGAGAGACAUUAAAGCCUUGUGGGAAGAGACAGCCAUAUACAUUACCCAUUGUCACAGCCGUAUUGAGUGGGUCUGGCUGCACUGGAGCGAGUACCUGAAAGCCGAAGAUGAGUUUUACACAUGGAUUCGCAACAUGAGGGUGACCUUGGAGCCUGACAUUGAGUUGCAGCUUGGCUUAAAGGAGAAGCAGUGGCAGCUGAGCCAUGCUCAGGUUCUGCUGAAUGAUGUCUUAAAUCAGUCGGUCCUGCUGGAAAGGCUGCUAGAGGAAGCUGCUUCCUUGUUCAGCAGGAUAGGUGACACCAGUGUUGAUGAGGAUGCUCAGAAGAAAAUGAGAGUGGAAUAUGAAGGAAUCAGACAAGAAGCUCAGAACAGAGUGAAACUGCUUGAAACGAUAACCAAGGAACAUGAGCAGUACAGCGCCAAUGUCAACCAGUUUCAAUCGUGGCUGAAUGGGGUGACAGAAAGAUUAAACUGCUGCAUUGGAGAAGCAACCAAGGCUUCAACAGAGGACAAGUUAAAGGCACUGAAGGAAAUUGCAAAAAACAUUAGGAGUGGUGGAAAAAAAUGGAAGCACCUUGAAAAUCAGUGUGCAGAGGUGAUUGAGAAUACCUCUCCACUCGGAGCUGCAAGAUUGAAGGAUGAACUUGAAAAGCUAAGAAAAGCCUUGGAGAAGUUGAAAGUGCUAAGUAGUGAGGAGGAGGAGAGAUUGCUCAAGAUCCAGCAGUCAGAAAGUGCCUAUGAGUACCAAGCCAGACAAUUAGAAGCAGACAUCCAGGAGCUGAGAAAAGAUCUACAGAGACUAGAAAAUGACUUGGACCCUGGGGAAGGGGAAAAGACUGAAGAUGAGCUUGUAGCUCUGUGGAGAAAAUGCAAUGCAACAAGAGCUGCUCUAUCUGCAGAAGAGUCGAAGGUUGAGAGGCUGAAGGCUGAGCUUAAGGAACUGCUACGGUUUUCCCAAGAUGUGCAGCCACACGCUGAGAGCGUUGUCUCUGCAAUACAGCAGUAUCAAAGUGUAAAAGGCAAGACUUCUAAAAUGAGCACUGAUACAGAAACUCAACUGGGAAGACUCUUCCAAAAUCCUCUGCAAAAUUUUGAACAGUGGAAGCCAUCGGUCCAGAUGCUCCUGGAGACUCCAGAGCCAGCACUGGCUCACAUUGAGGCUGCUCUAGUUGAAAGCUCCCAGUUCAAAGAGAAGUUCAUGACAUUACAGCUGAAGAAAGAUUUGCUAAACAAUGUCCUCGGUGAGGAAAAAGCAGAGUCUUUCCUUCAAGAAGUAGCUGAAGCUUCAAAAGAGAGAGAAAUUCUACACAAAAGUCUGCUGCAAAGCAAGAGCAAACUCCAGAAUUUGAUAUUGCAGCAUAAGAACUUUGAUGCUGGUUUUGCACCCUUGCAGAAGAAAUUAUCUGCCAUCAAAGCCAAAUUAGAUCUAGAGAAGGAAUCACGACCUGACCUCUUGGGUAAAAAGACACAGCUCCAGAGACUCCAGAUGAUCCAAGAUGACUUGGCAGAACUUGCGAUUCACAUGGAGGAGGUAGAGAAGCUUGUUCAGUCAAAUACCACACACAGGCAUGAAAUGAACCAACUUUCAUCUGACUUUCAGGCCCUGAAAAGAUCACUGGAGGUGAUGAUACAGCAGAGUGAGGAUCAUGUUCAGAAGCACUGGGCAUAUAAUGACAAACUGUCAGACCUCCAGCAGUGGAUCGCAGUAACCACGGAGAAGAUUGAUUCCUACCAGGACGCUGAUGGAGAGCAGAACAUCGAGGGCAGGGUAGAAGACCUUGAGAGAUGGCUAGCUGAGUUUCCAGAUAAGGAGAUCCAGCUGCACCUUGUGGAAGCUCAUGGCCAGCUGGUCAUGGAGAAUUCUUCUCCAGAGGAGACUGCCCAUGUCCAGGCAGAGCUGGAUCAGCUGAAGGAGUCGUGGAAAUCACUUAAGGAGAUGGCAACUGGUCUUCUCAAAAAAUGGCAGUUAGAUAGACCAGUGGCUGAUAAGAAGAAGAAAAGAGCACUUACGGACAGCAGAUGGAUGUCUAGACCUGCCUUCCGUCUUUUAGAUGUAGAUCCCAACCAUAAGCAGGAGAAGAUGGGAGAAAGGCAAAACACAAGCAGCCACUGGAAGCUCCUACACAACUUCGAAGAGUGGCUACGAGGAGAAAACAUUGAACUGGCCAAAAUUCUUGAUGGGACUCCAUCUUCCACAGAGGAAAUUAAGGCACAUCAGAGAAAACUUGAGGAGCUGCAGUCUCAUGUGCCUGAUGGUCAGCGUCAAUUUGAGGAUCUUCUUCACCUUCAUUCUGUCACUGGAGAUUCUGAGGAUCUGGAGGACCUGCGUUACCGAUGGAUGCUCUACAAAUCUAAACUGAAAGAGUCCAUGAGUUUGCCAAUUCCUGGAUCUUGGGAAGAACCAGACAGGUUCAGAAAGAAGCGCUCUGGAGGCGUGUGCUCAUACCUGCAUCGAGUGUGCUGGGCGGCACUGCCAUUGCAGCUCCUCCUCUUGCUCCUCCUGCUCCUGGCCUUCCUCCUGCCACUGGCAGAAGAGACCCACAGCUGCACACUGGCCAACAACUUCGCUCGGUCCUUCAAGCUGAUGCUGAGAUACGAGGGCCCACCCCCAACCUAACUUCUUGGCAUGGCACGAGGUGACGGGCAGAAAUACAGACUCUUUGUUUUUAACAAUUGCAACUAUUGUAGAUUUUAGGGCUUCUAACAAGGCUGUCAUAUCAACUGGAUAGGUCACAUAAGUGCAGCAUAAGAUUAGUCCAAUUUAAUCAGGUAUUUGAGCAAAAUUAAUAUUUUUACAAUAUUUUAUUAUUAUAUUUAUAACAUGUAUAUAGAGACUGUCUAUGUGUAUGUAUGUACAUAUAUGUAUAAAUGCAUAUCUGUGGUCAAACUAACAUACAUCAUCCACUCAUCCGCUGUUUUAAGGAUAAUCCUGGGAUGUUUCUGUUUCUGCCAUCUUUCAGCAAGCAAAACUGAAGGAUGGUUUUGUUGUGGGGUUUUAUGGGCGAUUUUUAAAAUCAGAUUCUUGUUGUUUACAACUGAAGUCAGAGCACGUGUGGAAACAUGUGGGCACACACCACAGUGCAAACUGGAGAGCAGAUACAGUAGGAUCAGUUUUGAAUACAGUGGUUGACAUUCAGCCCAAGAAAGAUUUGGACUAUUCAAUUUGAAAUCUUGAGCUACUUUUUCAGUAUCUGGGUACAGGGAUUUCAGAAGCUAAUGGAAAUGUCGCUACUGACUUCAGUUGGAGUGGGGGUGGACCUCCUCUUGUUCUCAUUUUUUACCAGAUUUCUUCUCCAAUUACUGUGUUCUCUAGCCCACCUGAAUCAGGAGAGGUAGAAUACAGUAGGAAGAAAGUUGAGAAAAAAGAAUAUAUUUUUUUAGCAUCUCUUUAGCAGGAUAACUUUUUAAAAUUAGGUCAUCAUUUUCUGAACAAAUUUGUGAGCACUGAACAAAACCUUGUAUCAUCUGUCUUGCAUAUAAAAAGCAAUGGGGUUUUCUCUGUUGUUUGUGGGGGUUUGUGGUUUGUUUUUUGGUUUUUUUUUACUUUAUAAAGAGGCAUUUAGUAACGGAUCAUAAAGCCUGAACAGUGGGAUGCAGCCUGCCUCAGUUUCAGCAAAGCAAAAGUCACAGGUACUUUAAUAAUGCCACCCUGGAAACACAAUUCUUUCCUAGGAUGCUUUUAUAUUAAUGGUUUAUUGAAAUGAUGCAAACUGAUUGUAUCAAAGAAAGUCAAGUAUAAGUUUCCAUUUAGUCUAAACUCUAAAAUUAUGACAACUUGUCAUUUAUUUACCUAACCUUAUGCCUGAUUUAUCAAAUUUUGAAUGUACAUUUUAACAUUGCCUUUUAAUGUAAAAGCAAUUCUCACCUUAUUGUGAUGAAGCCAUUCUUAGUGGUGUUUUAAUUAGUUGGUUUCUGAAAGAAAAAAUAAUUUCUACAAAUGUGUGCCAUUUUUGAGAGCUAACCCAUAUUGUCUCAUGGUUUUAGCCACAGUAGUAAUCAUGAAAAAAAAAAUUUAACAGCCUCCUGGCUGUGUUGCAGGAAGAACUUGUCUUCUGAGUAUCAGUAUGGGGUAUUCUGUGUUGUUUUCGAAGCAAGUUCCAAAAUAAUAUAAAAUCUGUCGUGCAGCUAAAUUAUGUAGUAGCUGAGAGACUGAAGGUGGCAGUCACUUAUUUAACAAAACCAUUAAAGUUUUGCUAAAGAAGCAAACUUGGGUAAAAUAGGGAGGUGGAGCAGCAAGGAGCUCAUUAUAGGCACAGAAUGAGGGAGAACAGGCAGUGUGAAAGAGGAGCAGCUAAACAUAGAGAAGAGAGGUGUGCAACAAUUUAUAAAGCCUAAGAAAAGGAGUCACAAUUAACAAGAGGACAAAAAUAAAGGCUCUGUGGAGGAAAAAUCUCAGAAUCUUUUUUUGGUUCCCUCUCCCUGCUACAGUAUUGGUACUGCUGCAUAUUAAACAGCUUUUCUUCAGUAAGAUUUAAAUGUGGCAAGUAACAGGGACACUACCAGUGUUCUGAGGAGACCCUCUCACUGUCUUCCUAAUAAUGCUUCUGACUACACUGGGUUUACCAAUGUUGGAUUAAAAUGCCAAAAUUCUGCUAAAAAUGUAAAGGAGAGUCUAAGUUGAAGGAGAUGGUGAAGGCAGUCAGAGCCCAAGGAUGGCAUGAGGAGGAGCUGAGCUGAUGUGGAUUGAAACUUGACUGUCUGGGGGUAUCAGAAGAGCUCUCAGAGCAGGCAGAGGGGACUGGAAGCAGAAAUAUGAGGAGACUGGAUAACUGCUGAGCAAUAAGACAUGCACAUCAGGAAGGAAAGGAAAGCCUAUGAUUUCUUUCAUGACAGAGCCAGAUCUUUCUUUGCAACUGUUCUUUCUGGUGGCAGAGGACAUACCUCUUCCUCUGCUCUGAUUAUCUGUGCAAGUGCCAUGCACAUUCCAACACCCUUCCUCUAAAAAUUGCUGUCAGCCCUAAGGGAAGAAACCCUUGAGGCUGCCCAGCAAGGAGCUAAUAAUGACACACAUCUCAUUUCAAGUUAAAUCUUCCAGCAGAAAAGAAGUGUGGGGGCAGAGGGGCAGUAACAAAACCAGCUCUGUGUGAUUGUGGAUACGUGUAGGUGUGCACACACUUUUUUGUGACGUGGCUACAUUGCACUUCUCUGGGUCUUGCUGAGCUGUUCCAGGUGAUGAAAGUAAAAUACCAGUGAGAAAGUAAAAAUAAUGAGGAGUAAUAAAGCUGCAAGUGGAAAUCAGUAGGGAGAUAGAAAAGUUUUUUCUAUGAAAGCACAAAAUCUCACAUCAGGUUUCUUUCUGCCCAGCCUGUCUGAUCUGGGUGAUUUGUAUGGGUUCACGGAUGCAUUUGACACCACAGGAGUGUGCAACUGGGGGGAAAAAUUUCUACACAGAGGAUUGUAAGAGAACAACUGCAUCACCACCUUGAUGUUUCAGUUUGUGGCAGGUUUUAAAAAAAAAACCAACAAAAAACAAAACUAAAUUAGAAACACACUUUUGCUGCUGGGAUUGCAAUCAAUUUAUUCUGUAGGUCCCUUGUCUGUAAUCUUGGAAAUUUUUGCUUUAAAUCUCAGUCGAUCCAUUCUCAUUAACUUAAGUAAUCUAAAUAUCUCACAUAAGUGAUGAAUAUUUCUACUUUUUUGCCAUGAAAACUAUUCAAAGAAGAGGACUUUAAUGUUCGUGUCACUAAAAACAAUUUAAUUCUUCCAUAAUGUCAUUGAUGUUACCUGUCCAAGGCAGGUAUGAGAUUUUUCUAAGAAAGAAAGAAGUAAAAAAAAAAAAAAAAUCACAAAAGUAUGCUUGGAAUAUAAAUACAAAAUUUACUUUCUUUUUUAUUCUCUUGUGAUUUUUUUUUCUGAAGUCAGUGAUACUGAUUCCUGGAAGUGUAUGUAAAUAUUAAUCAAGUCAGUAAUUGGAAUAAUGAAAACAAACUACCCAGUCCAGCUUCCAGGAAACUGUACAAAUCUCCGAUUCCUCAAAACACAAACUAAAUCAUACUGUUUCCAAAUCAGUCCUGAAAAUCUUGAGCACAGUUCUUUAUCUUUGCUCACAGAUGAUUUGGUGGUUAUACUCUCACUUUUGAGCCUAUAAAAUCCCCAGCUCAUACAUCUCUGACAUCCAGUCAUAACUGAGGUGUGUUAUAGCUCAGGUUCAGACUGGGGCCACUGCCUUAAGACAUCCCUUGCCAAAACCUGGGAUGCACAAAAUAGAUAAGAGUCCAAAACUGAGGACUUGCACUACUUUACCCCAAUCCAGAUCCAACCACUGUUAAAGGAUACUAAAACACUCUAAAAUAUAUCAAAUAUAUUUGAGGUUGUAAAUUGUUUGUGCACCUGGUUCAGGCCAUGUAGCCUGUACUCCAUGCAGAUACCCUGUCUGUUCACAGAGCAGAGCCCUUACAGGUCUCUCCCAGUUCUUUUGCCUGCACUGUUGGACCCAGUGUUUGAUUGACCAUAUUAAUGACCCUUCAGUGUUGAAGGCAAAACCCUGCACUCCAUUGCCCAUGCGUUACAGUAAGAAUUCUGCACAGCCCCAAAGGCACACUUCAAACACAACCUUUGGCAAGAAAGCAAGCCUAAUUUGUACAUUGUAAUUGAUUUUGAAGCCAGAUGCUUUCAACAGAAUUUUCCAUGACAGCAGUACAUUGAGGUGGAAAAUUGCUGUUGUGCUACGUGUCUAUUAACAGCCCUUUUUCUAAUUCCAGCUAGCAAUUUAAGUGGUAUUAAAUAUCAUUUAUAUAUACCCUCUCCAGAAAUCCCUGUAUGAAAAAUAUGUUCAGUUCUGAGCAUACACAUUAUAAAUGUUGUAUUCCUCUGCUAGCACUGAAUCUCCAGAGCAGUCAUGUUUUCUACCAAGUGCUACCUUAUUUGUAGUGACUGAGAUACUAACAAAACUCAAACAUUUGAGGCUGUAAAUAAAGCUACUAGCCUAACUAGUAAAACCACCUAAUGAUCACUGAAUAGUUUUAAGAGCUUUCAGAAUGGCUUUACACUUCUCCUUAAUCCCUUUUUUUGGAAUAGUUGAAGACCUCAGAGAGAAGAAAUGUGUCCAAAAAAUGGCCAUCACUAGAUAGACAGAUGGUAAUCUCUGCACGUCAGAAGAAAUAGCAUGGUCUCUAUAGCUGCUCUAGGACCUCAGGAGUUUGCUCCAUCUGAUCUCCUCUUCAAUAUUAAAUAGGGAAUGUUUUACUUUGAUGUGUACAUACACAUCUCAUUAGCACUAAAGAGAUUUGAAGAGUCAGUUCAUGUACAAGAAUUCUUUUAAAUUGUGUCGACAAGAUUUCCUCUUUUGUUCAAAAAAAAUUUAAAACUGCUGUGUGACAGAGAUUCCCAGAGCAAACAAAGCCUUUUGGAAUAACUGAACAUUACAGACUGAAAUUAAAUUGUUCACCAUAGGAAACUGAAGAAAUAGUUUUACCUUUCAAGAAAUGCUGGUAUAAACCCCCCAAUAAACAUAUCUUUGCCAGGCAUCACAUCUGUCUUUCAAGUCAUAGAUUGUGUACCCAGCUGGCUGUGAGAACUGCUUUUGGAGACUUUACUAUCCAUUGGACAGUAUCACUUGCUAGUGUGCAGCUGAAAACUCAUGUGCCCAACCAACUAUAUCAGCUUCUUCUAGAGUCACUGGGGGCUGUCGAGGAUAUUCUUAGCAGUUCUCAGAUCACUGACCUGCUCUGAGCCAUUACAAGUUUAUUGCAUUAAUCGAUCUGUCAGUGUUUGGCAACUCUGAGAAACCAGUUUAUUAAAACACCAAAGAUAAUAUUUCUGUUACAGACAACAUGAUUCAAUCAAAAACCACUCUUGUUGCUUUUGCCAUAUUUAAACAAAGAUAUCUGUUGGUUAUACUGGAAUAUAAACAGUUUAGUUGUAGGUAUUGGGUAACUGUGUUGGACAAGGCAUUCUGACUUGUACAUGUCUGUUUAAGAAUUGUGGGUUCAUGUUGCACUUGUUCCAUGGUAAAACAACACAAACCAAAGAUUCUUGAAUGUAGCAUUUAAAAAAACCAAAACCAAACAGCAAAGCAGGAUAGAAUAAUCUGUCAUCAUCAAUCAGUUGAUUUUUUUAUUAUCUCUUUGUUAUUAUCUCUUGUCUAUCCAAUUUAAAAUAUGACUAUGUGUCUACAAGAGAGUCAUCAGUAGAUCUGGGAAAAAAGGAGUAUAUAUCAGGAAUAUACCAAUUCAAACAGUAGCCUAACUGGCACCUCUGUUCUCUAACCUGCUUCAGCAACUGCCAAAUUUUACCUCAUUGUACUGUGAGCCAAACACCCUCCUCUUACUAAAGCAUGGGUAUGAUAAAACUGCCCAGGUUAAGGUACAACAUCCCAGUGGAAGUAGCAGGAGACAUUAGGUGUUCAAAAGGCUGCCUGAUAUCUUGAUGCAAGAGAGGAACUUGUACAGCUGGCAUAAUGAGAGCAGUCCAGGACUAAUGGCACAGGAACAAGGGCUUGCCGUCCUGCCUUGCCAGACAAAAUUUUGACAGUGGCCAUCGGUUUCAUGUCCUUGACUGUGGAAGGAGGGUCCCCUCAAGGUGAUUCACUCUAGCUGAGAUUUGAGCCCUGGAAGUAGCUUUUUCUUUUCGUUAAAUACAGAAUAAACUGCUAAAUUAAACCCCUCAGUGACAGAUUAAUGGUAGGUGGUGGGCCCUGAUGCUCCAGGAAAAGAUACAGGAAAUGCUAUUGUAGAUAGAAAACGAGUCAUGAUGAUCUCUGUUCAAUCCUUAGGAGACAGAAGUUCAUUGUAGAGCUGAAGUGGGAGUUUUUCUGUUCCUUCGCAAGUAAAUGUCAGGUGUUGUCUUUAGUCUUCUGGAUUUUGGGGGUGAGUCUGCUCAGUGCCUUGCUGAAUGCUAGUGGCUUUCUGGCUUCAGAGCUGUUUAUAACAGUAAGCUCCACAUUCUUCCUAUGAGUUGUGUGGAAAAGGUAAUCCCUGAACUGGUUUUGAAUCAGAAACUUCUUGUUUGAGGGGUGGGCAUGGUUUGAUUUUCCUUCUUUGGCCCCUUUGUGUUGAAUCCAAGGAAGCAGAAAGACCAGCACUACCCUUUCCAGACCAUACAUUGUCUUUCCUUCUUUUAUGAGAGCAGAGGAGGUUUGGCUUUGUCUCCUUUCCAAAGUAAAUGUUACCAGUCUUUUAUGCUUUUUUUCCUGUUACAGUUCUUCCAGUCCCUAGAUCGUUCCUCUUAUGAUCCUAGAUCAUUUCUCUGAAGUGUUUCCAGUGGCAUUUCUUCCUCAAUACCUAGAGCAAAAAAUCUGAUCCGGUUUCAAUAAAUUUAAAUUCAGUAAAAUUUUCCUCCACUGCAGUUCAUCCUGCAGAUGCUCUGCCUGUUUCUACUGCCCCCUAUGUCAAAACAACCUUCAUCACUAUCUGAGGGGACUCUGGUCCUGGCCAGCCAUCUCUUCCAAGUCUCCUGGCUGUGUUCUGCCUUCUGUUUUGGCUCAGGAACUGCCCUUAAUAUUCACAUCUGCAGACAGGAGUAUGAGGGUGUUGCUUAACAAACAAUUAUUAAUAAUGAAAGCCUUGCUAUUAGCAUUGUUCAUAUCCUGCCCAGACCCUUUUCUCCUCUCUAAGCAGGUUUUGAUGUAUAAUCCAAUUACUGAGUGCAGAAAAUUGCCCCUUAAUCAGUGCAGACGGGCGGUGUUUCAGUUUCAGCUCUAUUAUCCUCACAUUGUCACUGCCAGUGUAAGUGCUCACAUGUGCUGCUGGGCUGGGGCUGAGUGCUCCAGGGUCUGUGCCCUUGAGCUGCCAGGAGUGUUUGAAUACAUACACCCUAAAUAAGCCAGGACCCUUUUCUUGAGCAGGGAAAAAAAAAAAAAAAAAGAAGAAGAAAACUAAAAUGGGCGCUUUUAACAAACUGAUUUCACAACUCAUUUAUCAAGCUCUAUAGCAAACCAUUUAUUUUAGCUCCUUUUUGCUCCAUCAAAAGCUGUGUGUUAAAAGGCAGAGGUGGAUUUUGAGGGGCUGGGAACUGAUGGCUGCAGUGCCACCAGCCCUCACCAGCACCUUACCGAGAGGCCUCCCGCUAGAAUUCCGGGGUGGGAGCUGUAAUUUCUCCUGAGGUGAAUCUCACCUUCAAAAUCAAAUUAUUUCUUUUGUCAAGUCUAAUAAGCAUUGAACACCACAGACUUUGUUUCACUACAGAUAUGAAAGAAUGCCUCUGUAGAGUACUUUCCAUUGCUAUGAAAUACAUAUGUAUGUAUGUGUAUAUAUGUGUGUAUAUAUAUAUGUAAUGGGGAGUGUAAUUAUUGUUCUACUUAAAGAAAAGUGACAUUCCACUUCAGUGUAACUUGUGCAGCUUUUAAGAGAAACUGUGUCUUAAAGGGAAGCUGAAAGGGUUUAGAGGUAUAUGUUUUAAUGAGCUUUAAUAAGCUCUGAGUUUGAGUUUCAGUCUCUAGGGCAAAAAGCAGCCAAGAUGAUUUUCCCAUCACCUUCCCAGAUCACACCCUGUAAGAAUUUAACCUGGGAGGCACUGCUUGAGCACUGGCUGUUCCUGAAGGUAUUUGAAUGUUGCAUGUGCUAACUGUGUGUCUGUCCUCAAAUGUAAGCCUCCGUUUUGUAGAUGGGCUUGACUGGGAGGUGAAGGACACACCCUUGUUUUGCUCCAAGACCCUGAUGGUAAUUUUUGCCUCAGCAGAUAUUUUCUCUUUGAUCAGUGUAACUCCUUCUGGUUUUUUAACUUCUAAUUUGUGUUAAGUAAGUUUAUCAGGUGAUUCCAGGAAGGCACACUCCAUCUGCCCAGCAUCAGAGCUUCCCUUCCAGCAACAUACCUUCUUCUCAUUUAUUUACUUGACUGUACUGGACCACUGUGAAGCAAUUACACAAGCAAUAACGCAGGUGUUGCAUUUUUCUGUCAUUGCCUUUUGUAAGAUGCUCUCCGUUGACGUUGAAAAGUGGUGGGAGACCCAGAAGCUGCAUUGUUGUUUACUUGCAAUAUAACCAAUGCACAGUGUUCCUACAGAGGGCCUGUCCUCACUCCUUAGAGCAGCUGGCUGUCUCAGGCCCAAUUUAAUUCACAAGGCUGGAUUAUAAACAGUUUUGGAUCUCUUCACCAACACUCAAUCAAUCUUGCUUCCAUCAGUUUUUGUGCUUUUGUUUAGUUUCGAGCUAGAAGAAAGUUUAAAGAAAUGUGCUAAGACUCCCAUGUAGGGUGAGUAAAUAUCGCAUGUGUUUCACAAAAAUUACAACAAAAUUAAGGGAUUUGUUCUCACAUUGAACAGAACUAAUAAGAAGUUCUAACUGAAGUAUUAAGAAGUUAUUAAGAACAGCCUGGAGAGAAGUUUCUGCAAUCAAAUUGUUCUCUGCUUUUAAUUUAAAAAUCAGCAAAUACAAAUGAGGUAUGUUUUGCCACCUUCUUUUAGAAGUGACCUGAAAUUAAAAUUUGAAUCCUCCCUAACAGGAGGUUUAUUGCUGUGGAUCUAAAUUGCACCAGUAUGUCCCACGUUAGAUCACCCGCCUCUGGGCAGAGGGAAAACCAAAGGCUGUUCACAAGAGAAACUCAUGUUAUGAAUGGUUUUAAAAUUCCUUGGAGCUCCUAUCCACUUCCAAAUGUCAGUGAUGAGAAGGAUCAGAAACCUUCCUUUGAACCCUGUCAUUUUGCAUGUUGAAAUCCUGGCUUGAAUUCAGGUCUCCACCUCAGCUUCUUGUAAAUGUUAAUAUUCAAGUAGAACAAAAACCUUAGAGGCAAUUACAGCAUGAACAUCUCUUCUUGUUUAUGUAUAGUAGCUGAUAGCAGAGUCUGCAAUAAUAAUCUGUGUUUAUACAUGUGCUGUUUAAUGUAACAGUUGGGUACAAAAUACCUUUUAACUGUCACAAGAAAAUAACUGGAUUGAUGUCACUUUUUGCUUGUAUGAAUAUAAUUAUUUGCCUUGCAGGGACCAGCUCCAGUUUUGUCAUGUUAUUUAUGAUUUUUAAAUACAAUUGUGAUAAAUUAGGCUCGUUUCUAAGAUAAACAAUACUGGAGCCAAGCAGCUGCCUCUGUACAUGUGCAUGUUAUCACAGCUGAUAUCAAGUCCAAGUCAGACUCCUUGUCUUGCUUGGACCUUUCUUUAACCUUUCUGGCUUAUUCAGGGAAAUGUGGACCAGUCUAUUUUCUUAUUAAAAAUAUGGCUUUGUGAAAAGCUGAACUUAUUUUUUAAAUCCUUUCUUUUCUGAUUCAGAAAGACUGUAACAAUCAUAUUUUUCUAAACUGCCUAUUGUUUGUGUUGGGAAAUGAUAUACAGAUAUAUAUUUUACUCUACAGAUUUCCAUGUACUUUCAGAACUCUUUGUUUUCAUAUAUAUCUUCCUAUUUGCUAGAAUUAGCUCAAAAAGCUAUAAGCUUCUGUAUACUGACUCUAUGAAGUUCUAUAAAAAUGCAGUUGCAUAAAAAGACUGACUUUAUUUUUUAUGUAAAUUGUCAGAGCUAAGUCAUCCUUAGUGUUAUGCCACAUGAGAUGUAUGGAAAGAAAUCAGGUCAUUGUUUUGAAGGCUGGACAGCGUUAUGUGACACUUCCUAAAAAGUCUUGACUGAAAGUCAGGAGAAUUUACAUUAAAAAUUGUACCAUUUUGGGUCCUGAUUCUAUAGUUUUUUCACACUGUUUGGAACCUUAUUUCAAAAUUAGAGCUGUGGAAUUUCAUGGGAAACAUCAAAAAUAAGAGCCUAUGAUGUGUGAAUUGCUGUGAUAGAAUAAGGACCUUUUCCAGUGAAGAACAGGGCCUUUUAACUAGUUAAGAGGCUAUGUUUCCAGUGUUUCAGGACAACUUUUUGUGUUUUUUUCUGAGCUGUGGACUCCUCCUGUUUAUUCUGGAUUUACUCCAUAGCUGAAAUGCCAGAUUAAAUUGAUUGAAGCCCCAUGUGCAGAUGAACAUAAUAGAAAGCUGUGGUGAAAUAUUGCAGAAAAUGGCCUGAUUUCCUUCUUCAGAGCCAUAGUUAAAAUAACUCACAGCCUUGGCUUCUUUGCACCUGUGAAGCAGGGGCCCUUGCUUUGUACCUCAACUGUGGUGUAACAUGGAACGAUUUCUGCUCUCUGCCUGGAAAAUACUGUCUAUUCCUCAUCCUUGUCAAAGCAUAAUAUUUUCUCAAUUAAAAAAGUCUGAUUCUUCAAGACUCAUCCAGGAGUUAAGGGGCAGCUGGAACCUUCUGUGAUCUGACCACACUAUUGCAAAAGUUUAUCCCUCGGUGACAAAUAAAAUAUGAUGUAACUUUGCUGUUUGCAAGGAGGAUAAAGAGACUGGAAAUUCAUCACCCCAAGCCCUUGUGACUCUUCUGUGAUGCUCCACUGUUACCAAUGAACUAUGUUGAAUCAGAUUAUAAAAUCAGAGUAUUUUAUUGCAUGUGUCCUUUUUUGAAAUAAAAAUAUAGUUGUAUUUGAUGUUGCAAUUAUAAUGAAGUAAAUAAACACGUGCAUUUCUUUUUAA